GCUAAACCAAGAAAAGCUUAACUCCUUGUCAUUAUCCUAUUGCAACAUGAAGUUUGGAUUAAAGAAAGGACAAAAGCCUAAAGCGCUUAUAAAAUUGGGAAGCACAGCAGUUGCCCCUUCUUCUAUAUUCCCCAAAGUAACGCCAGUUGAUGACACUUCCCUACAGACCCCAGUUUAUCUCAAUGUGUAUGACUUGACACCAAUGAAUGGCUAUAUGUUUUGGGCUGGUCUUGGUAUCUUUCAUUCUGGCGUGGAAGUACAUGGUGUGGAGUAUGCAUUUGGAGCUCAUAAUAUUCCAGCUAGUGGCGUCUUUGAGGUUGAACCACGACAAUGCCCAGGUUUCAAGUUCAAGAAAUCUAUAUUCAUAGGAAACACAAACAUGAACCCAAAUCAAUCUAGGAAGUUCAUGGAGCAUUACUCUGAGAACUACCAUGGCAACACAUACAAUUUGAUUGUGAAGAACUGCAACCAUUUUUGCAACGAUGUUUGCUACAGGUUAACGGGUAAAUCAAUACCAAAAUGGGUUAACCGUCUCGCGAAGCUAGGUUCUUCCCUCAAUUGUGUAUUACCAAAAUCCCUUAAGAAUCCGACGUUAAUGCAGCAAGAGUCUGGUGACGAAGAAGCAUGGGGACUUCAGAAGGAAGAGGGACUUAAAGGAAGCCAUCUUAGUUGUUUUUCGUCCAUUUAUACAACAAGACGAAAGCCGUUACUGACACCAACUACAUUACUCUCAUGGGAAAUGGAGAAACGCGAAAACAGCUCCCUUAAGGAAAGGUGAUUCUUAAUAUAACUAUUGUCUUUUAAUUUAAAAAGCUUGUUUUUUUGGUUAUAAAAUCACCUGCUCUUCUAAAAGGUCUCUUAUAGCAGCAGCAUUCAUGUAAGAACCUUAGCAGCUUGUUCCCAUUGUCGACAAAGCAAUGCUAGUUUUUCUUAUAAUUUAAAUAUAAUUGCUUUC